CUGGAGGGCCGGGCUGCGCGCGGCGAGUAGGAAGCCCUCGCCCCGCGGAGGCUGCCGGCGAGAGCGCUAUGGGCCGAGGCGGUGGCCGCACGAUCCGCGGGGAUCCACGCCACGCGUGGCCCGGCCGGGCGCGCAAUUAGCAGCCGCCCCCGCAGCGCGCCGCCACCGCCUCCCGACCUCCUGGGCUGCGGCGGCGAGGAGCCCCAGCCGUCGUCUUGCGCGGGCUGCCGGCAUUGUCCUACCUCCCGACCCGCCGCCAGGGUUGUCGCCGCGGGGCCCCGGACCAGCGCCCCGAGAGCUCACCACCGCCCCCAGCCAGCGCGCGCGCCCGCGCCCGCGCCGGGUCCCGCGUGGUGAUCGCUGCGCCUUGCUCUUCUGGGCCGCCCUCUCCUGGGUUUUUCCUGCGGAGUGAGUAAGGGGAGCAGCCCGGUCUCCAAGCUCAGCUUUCUCAGGCGCGCAGCCCCGACGGGGCCGCGGCGGGCGUGGGGAGAGCGCUGACGGAGCCAUGAGAGAGUACAAAGUGGUGGUGCUGGGCUCGGGCGGCGUGGGCAAGUCCGCGCUCACCGUGCAGUUCGUGACGGGCUCCUUCAUCGAGAAGUACGACCCGACCAUCGAGGAUUUCUACCGCAAGGAGAUCGAGGUGGACUCCUCGCCGUCGGUGCUCGAGAUCCUGGACACAGCGGGCACCGAGCAGUUUGCAUCCAUGCGGGACCUGUACAUCAAGAACGGCCAGGGCUUCAUCCUCGUCUACAGCCUCGUGAACCAGCAGAGCUUCCAGGACAUCAAGCCCAUGCGGGACCAGAUCAUCCGCGUGAAGCGGUACGAGCGCGUGCCCAUGAUCCUGGUGGGGAACAAGGUGGACCUGGAGGGCGAGCGCGAGGUCUCCUACGGUGAGGGCAAGGCCCUGGCCGAGGAGUGGAGCUGCCCCUUCAUGGAGACAUCGGCCAAAAACAAAGCCUCGGUAGAUGAGCUGUUUGCCGAGAUCGUGCGGCAGAUGAACUAUGCGGCGCAGCCCAACGGCGACGAGGGCUGCUGCUCGGCCUGCGUGAUCCUCUGAGUGCCCGCGGCCGCCGAUCGCUGGCCAUGCUCUGUGCACAAAAGCCAAACGCGUCCGACUCUAAAUGUGAUUUCUGUUCUUGUUUUGAGAUUGAAGACGACUUUGCAUUGGUCAGGAUGCCCUGGGAGCCCUACUGGCUUCCACAGCCAGCAUCCCCUGCUUUCUGCACCCCUUGUCUGAGGGGGGUUGUCCGGUCCUGACCUUCUGAGACCCUGGUGGAAAUGUGGCUCUUUGCAACAUGUACGUUUCUCAUUGAUUUUCGGUUGACGCAUAUUUCUCCAUUUAAGUAGCCGUUAGGGGAUUGUAUUGGCAGUUUGACACCCGGCAAGCAAAAGUUUCA